GCGAUGGAAUGUGGCUUUGUGUCAACGAUUACGAGAAGAGGAAUUUUCAAUAUUUUAUUGCUUUAACUAUUCCGAAACAAAGGCGAUCUUUGAAGUCAGAACGUUGAAUGCCUAGCGAUUGGCCUUUUAAUGCACUAGAGAGCGACCCAGAAGGUUUAACAACGCUGGAAGGCAAUUGCUGUUGAAGGAGUUGUCUGGGACAAAUUUUAGUUUGACAUGACCGCUCCGGCAAUACUGGCCAAAGCUCUUUUUGACAACCUUGCUGAUGCACCUGAUGAAUUAAGCUUCAGAAAAGGUGACAUCAUUACUGUGCUGGAACAAGAUGUGGACGGCUUGGUUGGCUGGUGGCUCUGUUCAUUACAUGGAAAACAGGGAAUUGCUCCUGGAAACCGUCUACAGGAAAUCAAACGACGAUUAGAAGAACAAAAUUCACCUGAUUCACAAAAGCCUGCUGAACAUUUUACAUUUGAAGAGAUAGAUUAUGAUAUACCAAAGUCUUGUGAGCCUCUAGAGGAUUAUGCUGUACCACGGGGAAUAACAAGUCCUGAUUAUGAUGUACCAAAUGCUAACAAACUGGAUGCACAUGGACAUCCCACAUCUGAACAGAUUCAGCAAUUAGAACAUCAGUUUAAUGAUCUUCCUGGUAAUAGUUCAUUUAACAAUGAAACUACCAACAAGCCAUCAGGAAUUGAAAGAUUAAGUGAUGAUGUGUAUGAUGUACCCUCAGCACUUGUUGAAGAUGACUUUCCCCAAGAUGUUUAUGAUGUUCCUCAGCAUGCACUGAACAGAGAAGAGAUUGGUGUAGAUAAAUUAACACAACUUGAUAACAAUUCAGAAAACAGCAAUGUCCUUGAUCUAGGCAUUUCAAGAGAAAAUUUUAAGAUUGAACUUCCCUCACAUGCUCCCGAAGAACCUGGUAUAUAUGCAGAAAUAUAUGAUGUUCCUUCAGCAACUGAUCACGAAAAGGCACCUGACAGACUAGUGAAUGGGGCAAGUACUUCUCCUAGAGGAAGUAUGCAUUCUGUUCCCCAAGAAAACAGAAGCAGUGCAGAGUUAACCAGCCGUGUAUCUCAUCUGUUGUCUGGUGUCAGUGGUGACAGCAAGCGUCAAUCAACAUCUAGCUCAGACAGUGCAAAGAUAAGUUCAGAUGAUGACUAUGUUGAUUAUCAAGAGAUUUACGGAGAUGGCAGAGUAAAAGAUGUCAGUAUAUAUGAUGUCCCUGUUCAACCAAUUCCACUGGAGCAAGGUAGUGGACUCCCUACCACAAAAAGAACACAAGUGAGUAUCCUACAGCGUAUAAAUAUGAAUGCUGUCAAGGGACUAAAGCUGAAUAUACCAGAUGCAUUGCAGCGUUUGACAAAACUUGAACAAGCAGUUAAUGGUGCAGUUAACAAAUUGUUAAGCUUUGUCACAGUUACAUGGCGGAACCCAGAAGUUCUAAAGCCUCAUCUAGCAGACAUCAGAGAUAUUGCUGGGAAGGCAAAAGUGGCUUUGAGAUUGUUAACAGAAUUUGCCCUCAGUUCACUGGUCAAUGCAAGAAAUCUUCCAAACCAUCAGGAGCUCAGUGGUAAGCUGAGCAGAGCAGUUGAGCCAUUGUUGGAAACAUAUUACUCAGUCAAACUGGCAUUGCAAAGACUUGAUGAAAAUGGUUGGAGUGUUGCUUUGGAAAAGAGUGACAAAACACAUGAUGACCUUGAUCUGAUUAUGGUGCACAUCCGCUCUGUUCCUGAGAAUUCACAAAACUUGGCUGCUGUUAUUCGUACUGCUUCAACUGUACUUUACAGCAAACCAAGCAAGAAAAGUCAAGGAGAAGCUUCCCCAUCAGAUCAAAGGAAACCUGGUAAUGACUCCCACAUGCAUAGAGUAAAGCAAAACAAAAUCUCUGAGACAGAUUCAGAUCAAUCAGAAAUGGAGAGGCGAACACUAAUCACAAGUGCAUUAAAAAACACUGUUGAUGCAAAUUUCAAGCCUGCAGCUAAUGGAGCAAAGUGGAGUCCUACAACAGUUCGGCGUGUUUGUGGUAUGGACAUCCCUAAAAGGAACAGUAAUAGCAGUGAAGAAGAAAGCUCAGCACCAAAGCUUCCAAUGCGCUUGCAUUCAUGUACAGGCAGAGGUAGAGAUUCCAGUUCAGGAGAAGACACAAGAUCCCCACCAGCACCCCCACAGAGAAAAGACAGCAAUGAAAAGUGCCAGCAUCUUAGGCAGAAAAGUUUAGAUAAAUUUCCUCUUGAAGCAACAACUAUGGAAGCAAUGGGGCCACCUCCCAAACCAAAACUAGACAGAAAAAAUACAUCAAGAAAAAGUUAUAAGAUUCCUUUGUACUCUGAUCACAAUCACAAUAAGGGAGACAUUAACCUGAGAGAGCGCAAGACAUCUGAAACAGAACCAGUUACACCUCGUCGAAAGUGUAAUUCAGAUCCAACACAGCUACAAGAUCACAAUGAUAUGAAGGAAGAACAAGGUUCAUUGGAAAAAAACAACUUAGCUCAGAGUUUACUCAAGCAGAGCCUAGUGCAUAUCUCUGAUUCUGACUUACCCCAGAGUUUGAAAGGUGCUAGUAAUAGCCACUCAUCAACUCUUCCACUUCAAGAUAAAAGAAAAUUAUUCUUUGAUUUUACCAAUGUUGCCCCUAGCCCAGUGCAUCAGCAUCCUUUUUCAAACUUGAUCAAAGACAAUGGUGCCACAAAGGGAUUUAUGGUGUCUUUGAAUGAUCGUGAGCUUUUAGAGUUCUACAAGUAUGAGAUAGAUGCCCAAUUAUUUGUGCUUAGUGAGGCUAUCAAAGGGUUUUUUGCUGUUGUGGACAAGAAUGAGAGUCCAAAGGUAUUUGUGUCCAGUAGUAAGUUUAUUGUGUUAAGUGCCCACAAGUUUGUUUACAUUGGUGAUACUUUGAGCAAGAGGAUCAAACAAGGUGAUCUUAGGAGUGAAAUAAUGGUUGUGACUAACAAACUGUCCAACUACAUCAAGAGUUUAGUGAGUGCAACGAAGUCAGCAGCAUUGCAGUACCCUGCAUUAAAUGCUAUGCGAGAGAUGAGUGAAACUGUUGUCCAAGUAAACAAUUUUGCAGUUGAGUUGUACCAGAUAGUAAAGAAAACCACAAAGAAUGCCUAGAACUCUAGGUCAUUCCCCAGUACGGUCAAAGGAGUAAUAUUUUAGAAGAUGAAGAUGAGUGUGAACAAAGUGAACCAUGUACUUGUAAUUUAUGGUGUUUUGGGUGCUUGAAAUUAAAUAUCAGGCCAUUUUGUCCUGGAUUUGAAGAAUUCUUACAUUUCCCCCCUUAUGAUAAUGAACACUUUGAGGAUUUUUCAAUUUCUUUAGGAGACAUUAACUUAAUUAAAUAAAGAAGUCAAAGCAACCCAUUUAGAGCAACAAGGGUAACUAGACAAAAAUGUAACAUGGUGAUUAUGUUUUACACAUUUUUUUUCAAGACUUUUAUUUUUGUGUUGUAAGUCUAUCUAAACUUGAAGACCACUCAGGGUAAAAUGUUGCACUGGAAUGUAUCUGUCAUCUGUAGGUGUAAAUUGACUUGAAGGAAAAGACAAACAUUUGGGAAUUCUCUUACUUAGAACGAUUUUUGAUAAAGGAGAGUUAGAAAUUUAACAGUAAGAAUGUACAGUUACUGAAUUUCAAUUUUUUUCCUUUGCCUUCAGUAAUUUCCAUUUGACGUCAACAGAGUGCUUAGCCUGAUAAUUGAUGUAGAUAUUUUAUGUAUGACCAUCUUGUGAAAACAACAAUCAAUCUAUUAAUCAGCACAUGUGAUCAAAUUUUAAAGGAAGUGGUAAUAUAGCACUUGCUUCAAAAUUUAAUCAUUUUAUAAUAUGUUGUUAAUAGCUUGAUUAUAGAAAGUAUUCUAAAAGGAGCAACUUCUCACGUGUCAUGUGACUAGUAGAGAGCUAUAUAAACAAGUUUUAUAAGAAGAAAAUGGUUUAUGUUUAUAUUCCCUAGGCCCAAUGUAGACAUCAAUGGAAUUGUGUGGGAACCUUCAUUCUUUAUUCUUGUUUGCAGAUCAGGUUUACCUAAACUUUCAAGUUUACCUCCAAUGUAUUUUUUACUGGCUGUAUUUUUCGCUGGCUAUACUUUCCAUUUUGGGAAAUAUUUGAUAAUAGACACUGAUUUGUAAAUAUUAAAAUUUGCAUCUUACAUGAAA